UUAUCACACUGUGCUGUAUCUUCAAGUGUCGGAUUCCCCGGACCAGGAAGGAGAUUGAGGCACGAUACGCUCAACGUCAAGCAGCCAAGAACUAUGCAGACAAACUGGAUACUGUGCCACCACUCAACGAGCUGACAGAGAUCCCUGGAGAGCAAAAAGCAGAAGAAGAGAAAAAAGAAGAAGAAGAAGUUCCCACUGUAUCUGGAAAAGUGGACAAAAAGAAGGAGAAAAAGGAGAAAAAGAAGAAAAGGGGGGAAAGGACACAAAUGACAAGAAACAAGGAUGUAGGAAGAAAGGGGAAAAAGAAGGUGAAGCAGGAAAAUCAGAAGGAGGCACCAAAGUUAAUG